UCCUUCAUUGGAACUUGUUCUUUUUCGUAACAUGAACACUUUAAAAGGAGCCAGGAAUCAGGUUUUCUGGUGGAUGCUGUCGCUCCAAAUUCUUCGCGUGAUCUUUGGCUGGUCGUUUGUGGAAACGUUCUACAAACGACGCGUAGGCUCCUGCCUUUGCUGCUGAGCUACUCACGUGGUCUACAGAGAUGUCGAGUCGUAAAACUCAUGUAUCUAUCCAGCCCACUAUGUCUGAAGACGACGAAGUCGCUCCUCGUCCCACACUGGCUCAAGAAGUGUUUAUAAUGCCUGAACUAUACCAGGGUAGAAAUUCCGUUCAACACGCCCUGAAUACGCUCGACCUCCGGUGGCUAAACGAUGGCUUCAGGGAAGACGACGGCCGCCAACAGUACCUGGACGUAGGCUGCGCAAGCGGUUGCUUUACGCGAGAUUUCCUUCUGGAAAAGUGCGCACCCUGCAAGCGUCUAGUCGCCGUCGAUAUAUCGCACGACAUGAUAAGCUACGCUCGUGAACACUACUCGCAUCCGAAGAUAACUUACGAAGUUUUGGAUAUUGCUGGGGACGUCUGCGGAUUCACCCAUAGGUACGGCAAGUUUCGAAGGGUGUACUCCUUUUUUGCGCUACACUGGGUAAAGGACCAAGUGGGUGCGCUCAGAAACAUAGCGGCGCUGAUGACACCUGACGGAGAAUGUCUGCUGAAAUUUGUCGGAAGGUCUCCGGCCUUUGAGGUAUGGCUUCAGCUGGCCAGGAGGCAACGCUGGAGUUCAUGCGCAAAAAUUCUGACGGAGAGCGUUCCUAACAGUCACUAUGCCGAAGACCAACGGACCUACAUUGAAAUGCUUCUGCGACAAACUCGUCUGAGGCCACACACAUGCGAAGCUCUACGGCAGGAGAUCAGCUUGUCCGUCGACAGGAUGCGAGAGAUGUUUAGUGCUCUUCUGCCCGUUUCCAAGGGAAUGAGCCCGAGUGAGAAAGAAGACAUGCUUGAUGACUUUGUCUCUGCUAUGGUCACCAUCUGUGGAGGAGAAUCUAAGGAAGCAGUCGCCAUUCAGGAAAUUCACUAUCUGGUGCACGCUUCGAAAUGCAGUGACUUAUUGCAACCGGUACAAUUUUAGGAGAAAAUAAUGAAAAAGAACAUUGAAAAUGACAUGAUUCUAGAAGAACGACCAAUGCCGAUGUCUUUAUUUUUUGUGGUAUUUUUAAUAAAGCUACAUUUUAACAGCG